CGAACCUCUCCUGUGCCGGCCGCGGACGCCGCGCCCGCCACGCCCGCCGCGCCCGCCGCGGACGACGAAACGGUGAACUACCGCAUCCCGACCAACGUCGUGCCAGAGAACUACCGGCUCGUCAUUCGCCCGGAAUACCGUACUAACCGCCUGAUCGACGUGAAGAAGUUCGACGGCGAGCUCGUCAUCACGGCCACCGUCACCGGCUCCGCGGCCAACAAGAUCGUCAUCCACAAGGCCAACACCAUCACCGACCUCCAGAUCCUGUGCAUUCUCAAACUCAACGACGAUGUUGAAGAUAACAAGGAUCAGAAUGUUGUAUCAGGGAUCAACAGCUUUUGCUCAGAAGCGGACGGCACCUACGUCACGAGGUCCAGCCAAACUGAAGAUGAAGUCACUGAGACCUUAACCAUUAACCUGGACGAGGCAUCUACCCUGGCGGUGAAUCAGAAGAUCCGCAUUGUCCUUGUGUACGAAGCCGUCUUCCGCGAAGGCGGACUCACGGGAUUCUACACCAGCACAUACCUCGACGACUCGAAAAGAGAAGUCGCCAUGUUGACUACCAAGUUUGAGCCGACGUACGCGCGCCAGGCGUUUCCCUGCUUCGACGAACCAGCCCUCAAGGCCACGUUCGACCUCAUCGUGCAG